GGCAUGGCAACGUCAUGGCAUGGGUCUCCCAUUAAAGUAAAGCAGAGUUCCUUCGAUGGGUCUCCCGCCGGGGUUUCCCAGAUGGACUUUGACCGCACAUCAAGUAAUACCGAAAACCAGACGACAGACAAAAAGGUCAACUUGAUUACUAAAAAAGUCGACUUGAACAGUGCUAGUGAGCAUGCAGAAGACAAACCCCACAAGUGUGACCGCUGUGACUAUUCUACACCAUGGGGAUCAAGCAUAGACUGUCAUCCCUACAUGUGUGGGCAGUGUGGGUACAGGACGGUAAACAAAGGUCACCUAUCCAAACACAUGAGAAUCCACACAGGAGAAAAACCCUACAAGUGUGACCAGUGUGAUUAUUCUACAGCAGAGAAAGGCAAUUUGAUCAGACAUAUUACAGCAAAACACAAUGGAGACAAACCCUACAUGUGUGGGGAGUGUGGGUACAGAGCUGCUAUAUGGUCUACUUUGUCCCAACACAUAAGAACCCAUACAGGUGAAAAACCCUACAAGUGUGACCAGUGUGACUAUUCUGCAGCACAGAAAGGUACUUUGGACAAGCAUAUAGCAGCCACACACAGUGGUGAGAAACCCUACAAGUGUGAUCAGUGCGACUAUUCUGCAGUACAGAAGGUCCUUCUGGCCAACCACAUAGCAGCAAAACACACUGGUGAGAAACCUUACAUGUGUGGGGAGUGUGGGCACAGAACAACUCAUAAAUCUAUGUUAUUGAUACAUAUGAGAACCCAUACAGGAGAAAAACCCUACAAGUGUGACCAGUGUGACUAUUCUGCAGCACAGAAAUCCACGUUGGACUAUCAUAUGACAGCAAAACACACUGGUAAGAAACCCUACAAGUGUGACUAUUCUGCAGCACAGAAGGCCACUCUGGACAACCAUACAGCAGCAAAGCACACUGGAGAGAAACCCUACAUGUGUGGGGAGUGCGGGUUCAGAACAGCUCAAAAGUCUCAGCUAUCCAGGCAUAUGCGAAUCCAUAUCGGAGAAAAACCCUACAAGUGUGACCAGUGCAACUAUUCCGCAGCGCAGAAAUCCACUUUGGACCAUCAUAUGGCAGCGAAACACACUGGUGACAAACCCUACAUGUGUGGGGAAUGUGGGUACGGAACAGCUCACAGGGCUAACUUGUCCAAACACAUGAGAACACAUACAGGAGAAAAACCCUACGCGUGCGACCAGUGCGACUAUUCUGCAGCACAGAAAAACACUUUGGACUACCAUAUGAAAGCAAAGCACACUGUUUAUAAAUCCUACAUGUGUGGGGAGUGUGAGUUUAGGACAGCUCGGAAGUCAAACUUGUCCAAACACAUGAGAACCCAUACAAGCGAAUAACGAAAUAGUUUUUUUUUCCAGUACUUUACAAAACACAUUGGAUAACACCGUUCAGUGUCACCACUCGUGGACUUGAAAGAUGAUAAUGCGUGUGAAACUUGGCUUGGUUAUUUCUAACUUACAAUGUUGAUGGAAGUCAACUGUGUAAGAAUUGUAGAAAGGCGUAAAGGUUGAUUAGAUGAUAAGUUGAUAGAUUUUUUAAAAGGCGUUCAAAGCAAGUUGAUGCAUCUAAACUGCGGUUUUCUUACUUUGUAUAUUCCUAAAAACUGUACCGUUAGGCCCACUAGCUUUGAAAAUGUUGUCUUUUAAAAGUUUAGAAUAGGUAGAUUCAGUUGUGAAUACCAGCAAAAGUGUGGUCUCGAUGAAGUACGUUUGAACAAUUACGAUAGUAUAAAUGAUUUUCACAACUUUUUUUGUCAACUAACCUACAAGACCAGUGUUAAUGGUGGAAUGAAGGAGGCGCACACAAUUUAAAACUUGAUAAUUAUUUUCUGAAAUGCUAGUUCUUGUUCUUACGAAUUAAACUGUGCACUUUAGUCCACUCAUAUAUUGAAGUUUUUCAACUGACCUGUUUAUACUAAGAUUUACAAUCUAACUGUAUACUAAGUAUUCCUAAUAUCUAUUUUUUUAAACUAACCUGUUUAUAUUCUUUAAGUGUUACUCACUAUAUAAUUAGCUGUACAGUUCUCAGAAAGCAACUGCAAACUGUAUAAAAUAAGAUACACAUCAACUUGGUACAGUUACUUUUUUGGUUUUGUUCCACAGAGUAAAUAAAAACUGCAUUUGAAGCAAAUGUUGUCAACCAUUCAGAAACCAUCCAGACCAAUUAUAAGACUGAAGACUCGGGUUUUAGCUCAUCUAUGGUAGAAUAGAAUGUUUACCGUAAAACGUUGUUGUCUGCGAUUCUAUUUCAAUGCGCUCUAAUUACCUAUAAAA